AUGGCGAAGUGUAGCGCCGACGAUCAGGAGCUCCGGCGAGCCUGCCAGCUCGCGAUUGAAGCCACGAAGCAGAAGGUCGUAAUGUCGAUGCGAGUUGCCAAGAGCCACGGCAGCUGGGGCAAACCCGGCAAAAUAGGCCGCGGUCAGAUGGCCAAACCAAGGGUUCUCGCCAUUUCCACAAAACAAAAAGGUCAGCGGACUAAAGCUUUUCUCCGAGUGUUAAAAUAUUCUUCUGGAGGAGUACUUGAAUCUGCAAACGUAUAUAAACUGAAGCAUCUUUCAAAGGUGGAGCUUGUAACUAAUGAUCCAAGUGGAUGUACAUUUACACUGGGAUUUGAUAAGAUUAGAAAUGCUACUGUAGCUCCCCCUCAGUGGACCAUGCGCAAUGUUGAUGACAGGAAUCGCUUUUUGCUUUGUAUCUUAAACAUUUGCAAGGAUAUCUUGGGUCAUCUUCCAAAGGUUGUUGGCAUAGAUGUGGUUGAGAUGGCACUUUGGGCGAAGGAAAACACACCUGUAAUUAACAAGCAACAAGGUGGUAAAGUUCAAGAUGGACCAAUGAUGGUUGUGGAGGAAGAAGCAGAUAUGACAGUGACUGUUGAAAGGGAACUUGUGUCCCAAGCAGAAGAAGAGGACAUGGAGGCUCUUUUGGGCACUUAUGUCAUGGGCAUUGGUGAAGCUGAGGCAUUUUCUGAGAGGUUAAAGAGAGAGCUUCAAGCUUUGGAAGCAGCAAAUGUACAUACAUUAUUGGAGAAUGAGCCUUUAGUAAAUCAGGUGCUGCAAGGGCUUGAGUCAGCCUCUAAUUGUGUUGAAGAUAUGGAUGAAUGGUUGGCAAUCUUUAACGUAAAACUUAGACACAUGAGAGAAGACAUUGAAUCAAUAGAAGCUCGCAACAACAAGUUGGAAAUGCAGUCAGUGAAUAAUAGAAAACUAAUUGAAGACCUUGAUAGGCUUGUUGAAAAAUUUUGUAUCCCAGCAGAGCAUGCAUCAUAUUUGACAGGUGAUUCAUUCGAUGAGGCAUGCAUGCAUCGAAACGUUGAGGCAUGUGAGUGGCUAACUGGUGCUAUAGUUCGCCUUGACUCACCUAAUUUGGAUUCUACCUAUUCAAAUAUGCGAGCUGUAAAAGAGAAGCGUGCAGAACUUCGAAUAUUGAAAAUGAAUUUUGCUAGGAGAGCUACUGAUUUUUUGAACCAAUAUUUUUCCAGUUUGGUGGAUUUCAUGAUGAAUGAUAAGAAUUAUUUUUCUCAGCGUGGGCAAUUGAAGAGGCCAGACCAUUCAGAUCUAAGAUACAAGUGCAGGACAUAUGCUCGACUUUUGCAACACUUGAAGGUUCUUGACAAGACUGGCUUGGGCUCACUAAGAAAAGCUUACUGUGCCUCCCUUAAUUUACUUUUGCGCCGGGAGACUCGUGAGUUUUCAAAUGAACUCCGAACCAGUACUAAGGCACCAAAAGCUCCAACUGCAUGGCUUGAAGGUUCUGCAGCUUCCACUCAGAGUCUAACUAGUGUAGACACUUCUGCAGUUUCAGAAGCAUACUCUAAAAUGCUUACAGUAUUUGUCCCCCUACUGGUGGAUGAGAGCUCUUUCUUUGCACAUUUUAUGUGCUUUGAAGUUUCUACACAUGCCAAUAGCAAUAAAACUGGGUAUGGUGAUGAUGAUGAUGAUUUAGGCAUCAUGGAUUUUGAUGAUAAUAAAAACAAAGCUGUUAAAAAUCCUGCAGAGCUAGAGGAACUAAAUGAAUCACUACGUGAUUUGCUUGAUGGAGUACAGGAAGACUUUCAUGCUGUGGUAGAUUGGGCACACAAGAUUGAUCCUUUGCGUUGCAUAUCGAUGCAUGGAGUCACAGAACGGUAUAUUUCUGGUCAGAAAUCUGAUACAGCAGGAUUUGUUCGUAUCUUGCUUGAUGACCUUGAAUCUAAAAUAUCUGUACUGUUUAGCCGUUUCGUAGAUGAAGCUUGUCAUCAAAUUGAAAGAAAUGAGCGAAAUGUUCGGCAGGUGGGAGUCUUGUUAUAUAUUCCAAGAUUUGCCGCUCUUGCGACUCGUAUGGAGCAGUACAUUCAGGGACAAUCAAGGGACUUAGUAGAUCAAGCAUACACAAAACUCGUGACUAUGAUGUUUGUGAGUUUGGAAAAAAUUGCUCAGGCUGACCCAAAAUAUGAAGAUAUCAUGCUUUUAGAGAACUAUGCUGCAUUCCAAAAUAGUCUGUAUGACCUUGCCAAUGUCGUCUCCACAUUAGCAAAAUUUUAUCACCAAGCUAGUGAAGCUUAUGAACAGGCUUGCACGCGCCAUAUUAGCAUGAUCAUAUAUUAUCAUUUUGAGAGACUCUUUGAAUUUGCUCGAAGAAUCGAGGAAUCAAUGUACAACCUCACACCAGAAGAGAUCCCAUUCCAGAUUGGAUUGUCAAAGGCGGAUCUUCGGAAGGUGGUGAAAUCAAGUUUAUCCGGGGUUGACAAGUCCAUCGCUGCUAUGUACAAGAGGUUGCAGAAGAACUUAACAUCAGAGGAGUUGUUUCCUUCAUUGUGGGACAAAUUAAAGAAGGAUUUUCUAGACAAGUAUGAUAGUUUUUAUCAGCUUGUUGCAAAGGUUUACCCGUCGGAGAAUAUCCCAUCCGUCUCAGAAAUAGAGCAUUUCUGUAAAUAGGCUCUCUGAUUAUGCUUGUUGGUGCUCCCGGGCCACUUCCACCCUCUUCCCAUAAUGCAUUGGUUUUUAGCAGUAAGGUCAAAUCUUAUACC